AUGGUGCCAUCGUCAGAUGAGGAGACAGAAUCUGACGAUGCGGGUCUUCAUCCUCGUAAAGCCUGUAGGACUGUAUCUGUGGCCAUGCUUCUUGGCGAUAUCGGGGGUAUUCUCAACGGUAAAUUUUAUGUGCAUGGGCUAGAAGAGGUGGUGGUGGUGCCUAGUUUUCUAGAGUCAUCAUCCUCACCGUCUGCUGGUUCGCCCUUGGUUAACCAUGGUUACGGUUCUAUGUUUGGGGUUGCGUCAAGUUCACCUAGAGGUUCUUUUCAGCGCGAGAAGCCUUCUCUGAUUGAUGAAACAGGAACUUCAUCUCACUCCUUGUCUUUUGAGGCCUACGCUCCGGGCUGGGCGGUUACUAGAGAUUCCUUACUGUCGGAAGACCCAACCGCCCAAGACUGGAGUAGAUGCGAUCAUCCUUCGGCCAUGAUGAGUGUGCUUGUGGGUCAAUCAAGUGCUCGUAUGGUUGGUGACCUUUGUUAA